UCCAAUAUGACACACAAGAGGGUUCCUUCUCAAUUCCUGGUGCACUUCUUUUUCUGGUCAGUACAGAAAUGCUGUGUCUAUUUAGAAAACAAUUUGUAGUUUAUACUUUAGCACACAUUUCCUAACUACCAAAAAGAGUGGUUUGCAUGCAAGGCAUUUUUUUAAAUGGGCUGAAAUUAAUCUAACCAUAUAUUUUCUUUUUAGGUUUUUGAAGAUUUAAAGAAUGAACUAUCCAAUUGUACCCCUUUGUAUUAUGCUACAGUUGUGCUACAGUUGGCCUGUUCCAGUUGAUAAAGUCAGGAAUGAAGCUAAAUUAUUGGCACAAACAACAAUCAUAAGAAUUGAGAAACAUACUGAUCAGUUUAAAGUAUCGCCAAAUGUGGUUUUCAGUGGACUAGAACUAAUCCCAGAUUCCUCCAGUGAUAAAGCCCUGGACAGUUUAGGAUCCGUGGAAGAAAAUUUGGGAAUAUUUCAGGAAAUUCUGUCCAGCCUACCAGUAGAUAACGUGGACCAAAUCCUAGCAGACAUCAUCAAUCUUCAGACAAUCAUUCGGUCGCUGGCAGUAUCAAUUCGCUGCGCACCACUCAAAUCAAGGAACACUGACCAUCUGGAGAAUUUCCUAAAAAAUAAUUCAACCUUCCGGUUCACAAUAGGAAAUGUAGCCUUGGACAGGCUUCAGAAAUAUCUGCUCAAAUUGAUAAGAAACUUGGAUCAACUAAAGAAAUGCUGAGCAACCCAUACGAUGCUUAGGACUUUUAUUUAAAUUAUUAUAACUUAUUUAACAAUGUAUUUUGUAUUAUGUAUUUUAAUAACAUGACCUUUUAUUUAUAUAUUUGUGUAUUACAUUUUGCACUGUGUCUGAGUAUGGUGUGUUUUAUUUUUCUAUAUAUGAAUGGAUUUUUAUAAGGAUGAGAGUAAUGGAAAAUAAUGAAAGUUUUUCUUUUUU